AUGUCGCAAGCAGUAGUCGACUCGCCACCACCCACUUCCAAGUCGGACAAGAAGCACAGGAAGGACAAGAAGCGCUCCAGAGAUGAGGCCGAAGAGGUCCCCGCCGUCGAGGAAAAGAAGCACAAAAAGUCAAAGUCCGAGUCGCUAGAAUCUGACGAGAAGAAGUCCAAAAAGUCGAAAAAGAGCAAGAAGGAAGAUGACGAGGAUGUCGAGGAAGCCGAGGCCCCUGCCAAGAAGGAGAAGAAAAAGUCCAAGAAGAGCAAGGUAGAGCCUGAGCCAGAGCCAGAGUCUGAGGAGGAGCAAGAGGAGGAGGCGGCUGUCGCGACAAAAAAGGACAAGAAGAAGCAGCGACAAGCAUCCGCCACCCCCGAGCCCGAGACUGCGACGACCGAUGCGAUGGACGUCGACACCAUCCCUACCGACGACGCCGAUUUUCCUUUCUACACCCAGGUGCACUCCCUCUACGUGCCCUUCUACCCCUGCGGCUUUGACAAGCCCCUAACCAACAUCGCCGCCCAACAUCUCGAACCCCUUCUCAACCACUACUCCCCCAUCCUCCGCGGCGUCCUCCUCAGCUACACCAACCUGAACCUUUCUGAGCGCCCCGUCCAAGCCUCGGUCAUCAACCCGCCCACCGACGAGACCCCCGCCCUUCUCCGGUCUGUCGAUGAAUACGCCGUCGGUUUCGCCUACCUGACCUUUGACGCGCACAUGUUCAAGCCCGCCCGCGGCAAGUGGAUGGAGGGUGUCGUCCAGCUGCAGUCCGAGGGUCACAUUGGUGUUCAAUGCUGGGGGAGGUUCAACGCCAGUAUCGAGGCCAAGAGGUUGCCCAAGGGGUGGAAGUGGGUGGAUCUCAAGGGAGACAAGUCUUACAACCAACAUGAAGAGGAGCAAGAAGAAGAACAAGAGGAAGAAGAAGACGACCAGCUAGACGGCGAAGAACUCCAAGUUGUCGAACAAGUGCACACCACAGGUUACUGGGUCGACGCCUCCAACAAGAAAGUGUCCGGCAAGGUCCGUUUCAGAAUCAAGAACUUUGACGUCGGUCUCGCUGGCGAUUAUGGCUACCUUUCUCUCGAGGGAACUUUCCUGAAUGAUGACGAGGAACGUGCCCUGCAAAAAGAGGAGCGUGAGCUAGAGCGCAAGCGUCGCUCUAGGCAGAACUCCGGUGGUCUUCUCCGCCCGAUGAGCAGGAGAGUGCCCGAGUUUAGCAUGACCAAGUUUGGCAAAGAGGACGAAGAAGAGGAUGCGGGACAGAGAACCGUGUUUGCAAAGGUGACGGGCAAGGAGGGAGAUGUCACGCCGGAUGAUUAG